CGCUUACUACUACAUUUCCGCAAAACUAAAAAGCUUCCUCGAGACGCUCUCUCUCUCUCUCUCUCUCUCUCUCUCUGUGUGCAAAAUUCCAAAUUCAUGUUCAAAUCCGGCUUUUGAUUCGAUCUUCCCCUUCGAUUUUCUCCACCCUGUAACCCUAAUUUUGACAUAGAAAAGAAAGAGAUGCUGGAGUCAGGUUUUCCUUCCAAGACGUUUUCGGGUGUUCGAUUCGCUCUCGUUGGAUUCAAUCCCAUCGACGGAAACUCGUUACGGUCCAAGCUUCUGAGUGGUGGUGGUGUUGAUGCUGGCCAACACAGUCAAACCUGCACUCACCUCAUAGUAGAUAAGCUUGUUUAUGAUGAUCCGGUUUGUGCUGCUGCUCGAAGCAGUGGGAAAGUGGUUGUCACUGGGUCAUGGGUUGAUCACAGCUUCGACAUUGGAAUGCUUAUCGAUGCAAAUUCGGUCAGUCCCCGUAACAAGGUUUUGUACAGGCCUCUUAGAGAUUUGAAUGGGAUCCCAGGGUCUGAUAGCUUAGUGGUGUGCUUGACUGGGUACCAACGCCAAGAUCGAGAGGACAUUAUGGCAAUGGUUGAUUUGAUGGGUGGGCAGUUCUUGAAGCCAUUGGUUGCAAACCGAGUAACCCAUCUUAUAUGCUACAAGUUUGAGGGAGAAAAGUAUGAGCUGGCCAAGCGGAUGAAGAAGAUUAAACUAGUGAACCACCGGUGGUUAGAGGACUGCUUAAAGAAUUGGAACCUCCUUCCCGAGGAUGGUUACGAGAUAAGUGGCUAUGAGUUGGAGAUGAUGGAGGCCUCAGCUCGGGAUUCUGAGGACGAGGCAGAGGAUGCCUCUGUGAAGCGUGCAAACAACAGCCCUCUUGGUCUUAGGGUCGGUGCUGUGACUGCGGUUGGCUUGUCAAAGUCGGGAGGAAAAGAUAUCCCGGUUGUUCCAUCAAACUCAGGCGCUCAGGAUGGUUCAUCUCUCUCCAAGGACAAUUGGUUAACUCCAAAAAAGAUGGACAUGCCUCUUGAAGCCAUGGUCGCUACUGAUGCGGUUGCUGCUCAGCAGCAUAAUUAUCAGAGAGCGAGCACAGUUCAGGAUACUUCUAAUCACGCGUCCCCCGUUCCAGUUAACAAGACUUCGGAGCGAGGAAUGGAGACCGAUGACUCAACAUCUGUUAACAUGAGUAUCAGAAGGCAUUCUUCUCUAGCCACUUAUUCAAGGAAAACACUUAAGAGAUCGCCAGAAACAAGUACCUUAGAAAACGAGUCAAGUGAAGCAAACGGUACCCUGAGAAUGGAUGACAGGGCCCUAAAAGCUUCGAAUGCCUCUCAUAUCUCUGCAUCAAAAUCAAGUUACUGCGUGGAAAGAACAACAACACUCUUUGAGGAUCUUGACAAGACUGAUAAGUUGCAUGGCAAGGCGUCCCCUCCGUUGAUGCCUCAGGCGAAAUUUACAGAUGGAUCCGUCAGUAGCAAAGGUUCACGAAUGGUACAGCAUAACCGCGAGGCAUGUAUUCCACCACCGGCUAGUUUGUUAUUGCAGGAAUUAAGGACAGCUUCGCCUAAAGAAAACCUUACGACUGUGUCGAGCACUAAUGAUCCAACUGAAAGUGGGGAAGUUGGGCAUAAAGCACCUGCAAGUGUUUUAAAUACCGAACUGUUGAGCUCAAACGUGGCACCCGUUGAAGAUGCUAUUUCAACUGCGGAGAAUAUCAUUUCCAUAUGUGCACGGAAUGAAAUACCGGAGAGAUCAUCGACGGAGCCAAUGGCGGGGAAUAUCUUAUUACAGGAUCUAAGAUCAAGCUCACCUAAACAAAACCUUAGGGUUCUGCCAAACAUCAGUGACCACACUGAAGGCAGGGAAGUUGCACAUAAGUUAGAUGUGAGUGAUUCAGCAACUAGGUUUUUCAAUUCAAGUGUUCCCAGGGAAGCUGAUAUUUGGACUCCAGAGACUGUUACUUUGGAGGGUGCAGUGGAUGAAGCACCUGAAGGAUCCGUAACUGAGCCUGUGAUGAGAAGAUCUAGUACCUCUCCUGGGUCGGGUUUAGAUGGAAUGAAACACCAGCUAGAAACAGAGCUGCCCAAGAAGACAACAGCUCCAAGAAAGAGCCUAGGCACCAGAGUCAGGAAAAAGAAUCCCAUUAGCAAAAAGGGAUCUAUUUACUUGAGUGAACCUACUAAUUCAAAGGACGAGCGCACUGAUUGUCUAUACGAAGGAAAACCUUCAGCGCCAGUAACAGAUAGUGGCAAUCAGAAAGAGAUAUCAAGUCCUGCCCUAAAUACCGAGGCUUUGUCAGAAAUGGCAAAACAUAUCGACUCAGAGACUGAAGCCCUUAAGAGACUUGACUCUGAAGAUAAUAAAUCUUCUGCCCCAGAAGAGAAAGACCAUCUUGUGAACCAAGACAAGAUGCAGGCUAAGGCUUCGGAGGAAGCUGAUGCAGACGUGGAAAUUACAAUGGUAGAACCGGAGCGUAAUGAUGUUCCAACUAAAGAUCCAAGUGAUGGUGCAUCAGAAUUAGAGGUUGAUAAGAAUAAAAGGAAACGGACGAGGGAGGCUACUGUAGGCAAAGAUAGCCUUCAAAGUGGAGAGAAAGAAAGUUCUUCGACAGCCGAAGUAGGAAAGUCAAGUGUCAAGAAGACGAAAAAAUCUAGAAAAAAACAUGAUGCCAAAGCAAACGAUGCAGUGAUGAAAGAUAUAAGCGGUAACUCUGCGAACGAGAGGGAGAAGUUUGCAUUGGAAAAUAUAUCUGGAAAGGUCAGUUCUGGUGGAGGAGACCAAAGCUCAGUUGCGGGAGAAACAUUAGCAAGAAAGGAAGCCGAAACGAAAGAUACAAGCAAUGCGGCAGUGCAACUAGGGGUUGAUAAGCAUAAAGGCAAACGCAGAAAGGAGGCCAUUGUAGCAAAAAAUAAGCUUCAAAGUGGGAAGAAAAGAAGUCCUUCUACGGUCGAAUUGGGAAAAACUAGUGUGAAAAAGGCGAAAAGUACUAAAAAAGAAGAUGACGCCAAAGUAAACGAUACUGUGAUGAAAGAUAUAGGGACUAACUCUGCAGAAGAGAAGGAGAACAUGGCAGUGGAUAAUAAACCUGGUAGAGACAAAAGCCCGGUUCCAGGAAAACCAGUAGCAAGAAAUGAAGCUGCAAAGUCAGCUAAGACAGGUACAAAGGCGGAUAAAGUGUCUAAGCAGCUCAGUUCUAAGCCGUUGGCUAGUAGAAAAGCCUUGCAGGGCCAAGAACAGGAGCCCAAGUUUUUUAUUGUCAGUGGUCCGAGGUCCCAGAGAAAGGAGUACCAGCAGAUCAUCAAGCGUUUAAAAGGCAAAUGUUGCAGGGAUUCUCAUCAGUGGUCUUAUCAAGCAACACAUUUCAUUUCUCCUGAAAUCCGUAGGACCGAAAAGUUUUUAGCUGCUGCUGCAUCUGGAAGUUGGAUUCUGAAGACUGAUUAUGUAGCUGAUUCAAAGGAAGCUGGGAAACUAUUACCAGAGGAGCCCUAUGAAUGGCACAGUGCUGGUCUUAGCGCUGAUGGUGCAAUAAACCUUGAGGCGCCAAGGAAAUGGCGGCUCGUCAGGGAGCAAACAGGACACGGUGCUCUAUAUGGAAUGCGAGUUGUUGUUUAUGGUGACUGCUCCAUCCCUUCUUUGGAUACGCUAAAGCGAGCAGUGAAGGCAGGGGAUGGUACGAUACUAGCAACCGCACCGCCUUACACGCGAUUCUUGAAUCAAAACACUCAUUUCGCGUUGAUAAGCCCCGGGAUGGCGCGUGACGACGUCUGGAUCGAGGAGCUUAUACGCCACGAGAUCCCUUGUGUACUCGCGGACUACCUUGUGGAGUACGUUUGCAAACCUGGAUACCCGCUUGACAAGCACGUGCUCUACAACACAAACUCAUGGGCAGAGAGGUCAUUUAAGAAGCUGCAGCAUAGUGCUCAAGAGUGAAGCGAAAGUCCAUCGCAUCACGGGGCAUAGAUUGUGUGUAUACAUAUACUAAAAUAUUCAGCAUAAAAACACUUUUGCAACUGGUGGAGAGAUGUGAGGGAUUCAAGAGCUUCUUGAAAUGGGGAAAAAGUGUCUGGUCAUGACAUCCAAAAUUUCUCAAACGGUGAUUGCUUGUUGUCUAGUGUUGGAAGUAGCAAACCAAAUUCUCAAUAAUGUGGAAAAAUUAGAAGAAUACUAAUAUAAAAAACAGUCGUACA